AUGACUCCACACAAAGAUGAGGUUAAGACUGAGUCGUUACCACUGGACAUAAUGAAACAAAGAGCUGGACCGCAUUGCAUAAGUACGACUCACAAUAAUUUGCCAGUUAGUCGGGUGACGGUCCAUCCUCUCGUCUUGCUCAGCGUUGUCGAUCAUUUCAAUCGCGUCAGCAAAACACAAAGUGUUAAGCGAGUUGUAGGCGUCCUUUUGGGUUCUAUGAAAAAGGACAGAAGCUUGGAUAUCGGAAACAGUUUUGCAGUGCAGUUCGGAUAUGAUCGCCUGAAGGCCAGCUGCUAUACGAAGUUAUUACGCCGCAUCCAAACGUACCAUUCGAUGAAGAUGAAAAAGACAAAAGCACGUGGUUCCUCGACAUGGACUACCUUGAGAGUAUGUACAGCAAUGUCCACCCACAAAGUUGCAGCCAAAGAGACAACGUCGGAUGGUAUCGAACUGGACAAGGAGGUGUUGAACCUUUUGCCGGAUGUCACUCAUCCUGACUAUGUGACGGCUCAGAACGUGCAGACAAACGAUCAGUUGAUGUGUGUUUAUAUGGGAUCAUUAGUGCGAUCCGUGAUUGCGUUGCAUAACCUGAUUGAUAAUAAGGUUGGUAGUGGUAGUGUGAAG